CAUUUUCUAAACACUUUGUCAAGAUUAUCUCUCUCACUGAAGUCACCUGUCACCAUUCAUGAAUCUUUCAGCUUCACCCUCACAGAGAGUAGGCCGCUUUUGGUAAGUUUUCCGUCUUCUUUAUCUUCAUCCUCAUACCAGAUCUGCCUUUAAUCUCACCCCACAAAUCUCCAGUUUGCGAAGUUCUUGAAGCUUAUCUUGUCUUCAGGUACGAUCUUCAUGGUCCCUGCUAUAAAUAUCUGCAGAUCUAGGGUUCUGGUUCUACAUAUAUUGUCUUUGAGUAGCUCUCCAUAGUACAGUUGAGAAAAAUGGCUAGAACCCUAAGCAGUGAUGUUCAUUUUCAUGAUAUUCCAGAUGCAAUUGUUUCCAAUAUAUUUUCUUUGAUUACUGAUACUCGCACUCGUAAUUCUAUGUCCCUUGUUUGCUUGAAGUGGCACUUGAUAGAGCGAUCCACUCGCACCUCUCUCACUCUCAGAGGCAAUAUCCGCGACCUCUUUCUCCUCCCAACUUGCUUUCGAGCUGUUACUGAUCUUGACCUCUCUUUCCUCUCCCCUUGGGGCCAUCCGAUUUUUGAUUCCUCUUCCAAUCCUAAACUUCUUGCUCAGCUUAUUCAUAGGGCUUUUCCAUCUGUUGUUUCUCUCACUGUUUAUGCUAGGAAUCCUUCCGCUCUUCAGCUUCUUGCUCCUCAAUGGCCUGGUUUAAGCAAAGUUAAGCUCGUUCGUUGGCACCAGAGAUCACCUGCCACUCCGGGUUCUGAUUUUGUUGCAGUGUUUGAGCAUAACCAUUCACUUAAUUCGCUUGAUCUGUCCCAUUUCUAUUGCUGGACCGAAGAUCUGCCACCAGCCCUCGAAGCAUACCCUUCUGUUGCUGCUUCUAUAACCCAUCUUAAUGUCCUUGCCCACUCUUCUGCUGAGGGAUUCAAGUCUCAUGAGCUUCUUGCCAUUUCUGCUGCCUGCCCAAAUCUUUGUGAAUUGCUUGCAACUUGUGUAUUUGAUCCUAGAUUCAUCGGUUUUGUUGGGGAUGAAACCCUGCUAUCUCUUGCUUCAAAUUGUCCUCGCCUUUCCCUUCUUCACCUUGUUCGCACUGGUUCCUUAUGUGAUGCUAGGGGUGACCCUGAUGAUGAGGGAUACACUUCAGAGGAUGCUAGAAUCAGCCAUUCUGCGCUUGCAGACAUGUUUGCUGGAUUGCCAUUACUUGAAGAAUUAGUUCUUGAUGUUUGCCACAAUGUUAGAGAUACUUGGCCAGCAUGGGAAGUGCUUAAUUCCAAGUGCCCAAGACUUAAAUUCUUAAAGUUGGGACGCUUUCAUGGAAUCUGUAGGGGAAUAGAUGCUAGGCCGGAUGGGAUUGCUAUUUGCAGCAGAUUGGAAUCAUUGUCAAUAAAGAACUCUGCUGACUUGACUGAUUCUCAUCUGAUAUCGAUCUCCUUUGGCUGCCCACGACUUGCCAAGUUUGAGGUCCAGGGUUGCAAGAGGAUUACUGAAAUGGGGAUGAAUAAAUUGGCCUCCAUUCUUCAAAAAUCUUUGGUUGAUGUUAAAAUCUCUUGUUGCAAGUACCUAAAUGCUGUGUGCUCCUUAAGGGCUCUGGAACCAAUUCAAGACAGGAUACAACGCUUGCACAUAGAUUGUGUGUGGGAAAAUGUUGAACAGUUUGGAGAAGUAGCUAGCUUUUCAGGUGAAGCUGCUGACCUGAGGCAUUUCUCAUCAGAAAAGAGAGGUGGUAUUUGGGAAGACACAAGCCCAUGGAAGAGAAGAAAAACUUUCAAUGAUAAUGGAAUUGAUUACCAGUCCAGGACUUGGGCGAGGUUAGAGUUUCUUUCCCUUUGGAUACCUGUUGGUGAGUUGCUGACUCCAUUGACAUUGUCAGGGUUGGAGAAUUGCCCUGUCCUGGAGGAAAUUAAAAUCAAAGUUGAAGGUGACUGCAGGCAUCGACCAAGUUCCACCAAUGCAUUUGGGUUGAGCUCUCUUGCAUGCUAUCCUCGGCUUUGGAAGAUGAGUCUGAACUGUGGAUCUGCAAUAGGGUAUGCCUUGACAGCCCCUUCAGGGCUUGUGGAUUUAAGCCCUUGGGAGAGGUUCUACCUGAAUGGGAUUUGUAACUUGAACCUGACUGAGCUUGAUUAUUGGCCUCCACAGGACACAGAUGUUAAUCAAAGAAGCCUCUCUCUCCCAGCAGCUGGAUUGCUGGCUCAAUGUGGAAGCCUAAGGAAGCUAUUUAUUCAUGGCACAGCCAAUGAGCAUUUUAUGAUGUUUCUGUUGAAAAUCCCAACUCUCAGGGAUGUCCAGCUUAGGGAAGAUUAUUACCCUGCACCUGAGAAUGAUUCUUGCACAGAGAUGAGAAUUGACUCAUGCUCUCGAUUUGAGGAUGCCUUGAAUAGGCGUCAUAUCCCUGAUUAGAGAAUUGGGAGUUCUCUAGAUUUUGAACAGCCUGUAAUUUUUUCUUUGGCCAAUGGGGAAUUAAAUAAAAUUGAAAAGUCAGGUAUGCCCUAUUUGGAGUUUGAAUUAUGGGAAUGUGUAGAUAAAUAAAUGUAAGCUAUUUAAAAUUGAA